GGAGAUUUAGUAAAUGUGACAAUUGAUCUUGCGAAAAUAAACUCCUGUUUUUUUCGUGUUUUUCACCCUAAAUUGUGCAAUUAUCCCUUCCAAUCAUGUCAGGGAAGGAUAUCUUUUCCAAACAUCUGCCCAAUAUCAACUUGGCUACGAGAUUUGAUGCUGAAGGACGAGAAAUACAGGUUGAACGGCGCGAGGAUGAGGAGCAAAAUCUGAAGCAGCAGGAGAUCUUCGACAUCCUCGUGGCCGCAGGCUACUUCCGGGCGAGGAUAAAGGGCUUGUCGGCGUUUGACAAGAUCGUCGGCGGCAUGGUUUGGUGCAUGGAAGCCUGUGAUUUCGACGUGGACGUCGAUUUGCUGUACAGUGAGAAUCUCAUCAUUGGCCAGAAGAUCGCCCUGACGGAGAAAAUUGUGGCUGUUCUGCCGAAAAUGUCGUGUCCACACUUGAUUGAGCCGCAUCAAAUUCAGGGCUUGGAUUUCAUCAACAUCUUCCCGGUGAUUCAGUGGUUGGUGAAGAGAUCCGUGGAGAAUCGUGCUGAGAGGGCGGAGAGACUGAAAUCCUUUGCCGUGGGACAAUUCCACAAUCAUUUCCAGCUUCAAGUGGACAAAGCUGUGAAGGAGAAGAACUUGCGAGUGCUUGAGAACAUUGAGAAGAUCACGCAUUUGUACGCUCCUCGGCGGGAGUUCAAGAAGAAGGCUUCUGCUGGCAGUUCAGAGGAUGAACUCACGAGAGUGCGCGUGACAUUGCUGGAGUUUGGCGACAAAGGACGUCUUCUGGCCACAAACAGGCAGAAAAGCACCGAAAAGAGCCUCAGCACUGAAGAGAUUGAGGACAAGGCGUCGGAAGUUGAUGAGAGUGAUGUUCAGCAUUUAUUUUCUCAUUUAUCUGUCCAAGACAGUCAGGAGGAUUAUUUGGAGUUUACGCAACUCAGUGAUGCCGAGAGGGAGAGAAUUAAGCAGAAUUAUGAGGAUUUGAAGGCGGAAUUCUCGAUAGACAGUCAAGAAAUCUCUCAGCAAAACCAGAUUAAGGCUCUUCUGGUGACGAAGCAAAGUCUGGAGAAGAAACUGGCGAAGAUUGAGAAUGGAAACAGUGAAUUGAAUGAGGCUCUGAAGCAGCUGAAGGAGCAAAGGAACGCUCUGAUCCAGGAAGAGGAGGAAACAAGGGUGGAAAUUGAAGAUCUGCGUCGUCGCGAAGAGUCAAGUGAUUCCAGUGUUCUGGACACAGUUAAGGAGCUUGUUCUGCAGAAUGACGCUCUGAAGCAGGAAGAGGUGGAGUUCAAGGAGAAGUGCCGGAAGGAAUUGGCUGAGUUGCAGCAGAAGAUUGUGGACACGGAGGCAAGAACGCCUGAUAAGGAGGAGACGGCGAUAAGGAAUGAAGUGGAGAUGGAGAAACAGAGACUGCAGGAUCUCAGGCUGCAGCUGGCGAAGCAGAAUCGCGCCAUUGUGACGCUUCAGAGGCAACUCGAUGCGAUUCCGGACAGAACGGAGUUGGCUCAGUACCAAAGACGCUUCCUUGAGCUCUACAAUCAGGUCAGUGCCAAGCAUCGCGAGACGAAACAUUUCUACACACUUUACAACACUCUCGAGGACACAAAGACGUAUUUGACCAAGGAAUUGGAGCUCCUGAAUUCCAUUUAUGAGAAUUACAGCGCAACGCAGAAUUCAGCGAAUUCCAGAGCGCAAUUUCUCAAGCAAUUCGAAUCUCUGGCUGAAGGAAUUCGUCAGAUGAAGAAUAAGAUGAGGACCAAAUGUGACGAUGAGAAGGCCAAGAGAGACGGUUACAAUGAACAACUCCUCAUUCUUGUUGAUCAGCAGCGGAAAUUGGCCACAGCAGUGAAGCAACUGCAGCUGGAGUGCAAGAAGAAUGACGAAUUGCAGGAGAAAUUAAAGAAUAUUGUAUAA